CAUUGAAUUAUAACGGUGACGCAGGAUACCAGUGGUGUGCGCAUGCGUGGCGUUCGCCUGCCAUACUUUACUGCAGCCUCUUCCAUUCCUGGGACCAGUUUGAGCGGAUGUUUUCACCAGUGCUGAUUGGCUCUACAAGCCUGACACCUUUGAGCAAGCCACUGACCGUUCUAGGCAUCAGUGCAACCUCUUGUCUGUGGUAUGCCCAUUUGCUUUAACUGCUGAGCUGGAAAUUCUCUGCUACUGGACUGCAUUUCAUUCUGGUGAAGAUGGAAGAACAAGAAAAUAAGCCUGCCUCUAAGUCACAGGUGUUGGAGGGCAGUUCCACAGAAACUGAAGCCACAGAUGAAAAUCGCAUUGACUUGUCUGUUGCCGUGGAAACCUUAGCUGGUGAGGAGAAUCCAGACGACAGCGUUUCGGGCCAGGAAGCAGGAGUUGAGGGUCUUCCACUGCCGUCAGAGGAUGACUUGCCCCCUCUGACAGCUCAGUAUCAGGCAGUUAAUGACUACACAGGAGAUCAGACCGCUGAGGGUCUACCCACUCAGGAUGCAUCAGGUGAUGGCCUUCCUGCUGAGAGCCAAUCUGUUGAGGGUCUCUCCACUGAAGAUCAGGCGGUGGAAGGCCUCCCUCUGCAGAAUGAGUCGGUCGAAGCUCUCCCAAGCAAUGAACAUGCAGUUGAAGCAUACAUAGUCCAGGAACAUGUGGUCAAGCUUACAGGUGAAGACCACACAGUUGGAAGCCUCCAAACACAAAGCCAAGCGAUUCUGACCCAACAGGUAUCUCAUCAGAUGGACCCAAGUGACCAGGUUAACAUAGAUUCCUCUAACGUAGUCAUAAGCACUGUAGAGGUACCUUUGGGUGUAAGUCAUUAUUCCGAAGCAUCCCAGAUGGAUGCACAGCAGGUUAUGCAUCAUAUAGAUCCCAAUAUCGUAGAAGUGUCCCUAGCUGAAGCUGGCAUAGAUUCCGCGAUCAGUGUCCAGCAUGAGCCGCAUGAAAUGGACAAUAACCUACAUGUGGGUGGAGUCGAACUCAAUGUCGAAGGUUACCACUGCACUGACCAGCCAGUGGUCAUAACCCAAGAAGGUCAAGGGAUGGGCCAGGAUGUAAGUGGGAAUCCAAUGAACGUAGAGAUCUUGUCCGGGGCAGACUCCACUAUGACCAUACAGCAGGUGUCUCAAUCUUAUGAUCCAAAUGACGGCAGCCACCCACAGUAUGUUCAUAUUAUCACCGCACCCGACGGUACCAUGAACAUACAGCAGGACUCCCAAGAAAUUCCACUUGCCGUUGAGAUACUGACGGGGCUUGCCGAUUUCAUGAAUUCACAACAAAUUCAAGAGCAGCCCCAGCUGAUUGAUCAGACGAUGGUUGAUGCGAUCAUAAAGCAUAAGAAACACAAGCAGAAAAAGGAUAAGGCAAAAGAUAGAGAUAAGCCCAAAAAGCACAAAAAACACAAAAAGGCAAAGCGAUACCGGCUCACAGAAGAUGCACAGUGGAUGUGCGAGGUUUGUCAGAAGAAAUUUGGGAGCAAAGCCAAUCUGAAAGUGCACAUGAUCUGCCACUCAUCUGAGAGACCCUACCAAUGUAAUCUUUGCAACAAGACGUUCAAGCGAAACCGGUAUCUCAUUGAUCACAGGAAAACGCACAUUGGGGAGAGGCCGUAUUUUUGCAGUUACUGCCACAAAGCGUUUGCUAAGAAAAGCUCGCUUAACUGUCACGAGCGCGUCCACACCAACCCGUUUUUGUGUUCAAUUUGUAACAAGGGGUUCUCCGAAAAGCGCGGCCUGAUCAUCCACGUCAGGUCUCACACGAACGAGAAGCCCUUCGUUUGCAGCUUAUGCAACAAAGCUUUCACUUCGAAGAAUCCCUUACUCAGGCACGAGCGCAGUCAUACUGGCCUGAAACCCUACGUCUGCUCUGUUUGCAAUAAGGCCUUCACAAGGAAAACAUCGCUGCAUGACCACGAGCGCGUUCACACUGACGAAAAGGCCUUCUCCUGCGAAACUUGCUCAAAGAGCUUUGCAGCGCGGAGUAGCCUGCGAAGUCAUCUGAAUAAGUACCAUCCUGGUGAGAGACCCAAGGUCCCUAAGUUGAUCAAGACCUUGAACAUCCAGCCAGUCGAUACGUCCCCUGAAGCCCGCACUAGAAACUAUUACAACAGAAAGCCUGCCAAAGGCUAUGAUAGUCUAGAACGGCCUUACGUGUGUAAAAUAUGCAACAGGGGCUAUACCAGGCAGCGAACGCUCACAGUUCAUGAAAGAGUGCAUACCAAUCCUCUGAUGUUCGCUUGCAAAAUCUGCGGCAACGUUUUCGCCGAAAAGAGAUCGCUGGUCAUACACGAGCGAGUGCACACCCGCGAGAAACCUUUCAAAUGCGAUAUCUGCGAGCGCGCCUUCUCUUCUCGCACGGCUUGCAAACGACAUGAAAAGAGCCACGCAGGGCUGAAGCCGUACUCCUGCAAAACCUGCGGCAAGGCAUUCACCAGGGGCACGUCCCUCAGAGAGCACGCCAGAAUUCACACAGAUGACAGGGCAUUCUCUUGCCUGAAAUGUGGCAAAGUCUUUGGGGCGAAGAGCACGCUACGAAGCCACGACAAAAAGCACCACCCAAACGAGAAACCGUUUGAAGUCCUGAAAAUCAUUUUCACGUAAAAGUGAGACCACCAUGUUGAAAUUAAAUUGAGCAGCCCAAGUCAAUUUUCUUUGCUUGUGUAUGCGAAAUCACUCAUUUUUAAUGCUUUGUGUUUUACAUUUUGUAAAUUGUCAUCAAGAAUAGGCUUUGAAACAAGUAAUGCCAUGUACAUUGUUCGUUGCGAAGCGUAAUGGUAGAUCCAUACAUAUAUACAUGCACUGACUGGCACUGCUCGUUCCAUUUACAAUUCACAGUUUCAAGCUAAACAUGUUGGCAAGGGGGCAUUGUGUGCAUGUAUUAAAACCUUUCGUAAUAUGCUCCUGUAUUGCAGUGCUGGCCUGUGAGAAAUGGAAUUUGUAGAGUACAAUGUAUAUUUUGUAACCCAACUUCACAAAAUGAGUCUUAUGUGUACGUACGUCACCACAGCCACGUUUAAAUUAAAUGCUUUUAUAAAAAUUCUUGUACAGUGGAAGUCAGUAUGAUAAGAACCGUCAACAUUUUUCACCCUCAACAAUGUCGAACUCCAUGAGGAUGCCCAAACUUAGCCCAGUUUGCUCAUCCUAAUGCUAAUUGAAACCAAAAUAGCAUAAAGAAACAAACAUCGGACUCAUUUUCUUGGUUCUAAGAUCAAUCGUGAUGGAUCAAGUAAAACUACAUUUUAGUUUGGAAGGUCUCAUAAAUGUACCAGUGGAAAUCAAAAGUCCAUAACAUUUGAACCAAAAGUGGUACCAACAUGCAGUUUUCACAGCCAUGAAGUUGACAUUUGUACUCAUUCCAGAUGUUUGAGAGACGAACAGACCAGGGUUAAAAAAGGACUAAUUUUGUCUGAUUGCAUCACAAUUGCCUCCCAGUCUAUUCCUCGGUUUGGCAUUUCACUGUAUGUUUAGUUUAGUUCACCUUGUAUUUUUAUCUGGAAAAUUACUGGAAAAUUCGGAUGUGCUAUUUUUGUAAAUAGAUGUACAUGUAUAGAAAAAAAUCUUAAAGACGGCAAAAUCAGAAGCAACCUUUUGUGCAUUCUUCAAAAUCUUAUUUCACACCUACCUGUCCACCCACACUUACCUUACAUACCUAGUGUGGACAUUCCUUUCUUUUCGUGAAGUUAAGGAAACUCAGUCAAAAUACUCGUUGUGCUCAAACUGGGAACACAAUUUUCAGCUGUUUUUUUUGUACAAGGUGUCCUUGACUAUUCCUCUUCCUUUUACGACGGAUGACCCC